UUCAUCUCACAAAACCCUCUCUUCUUUCUUCUUCUUCCCCAAAAUUCUCUUAAACCCUAAAACCAUAAAACACCUUGAAAACGACGACGUUUGUGAAGCCACCAUGCAUAGAAGGAACAUUCGAUUGCGAAGAGAGUACCUAUACAGGAAAAGCUUAGAAGGGAAGGAGCGUUUGCUAUAUGAGAAGAAACGCAAAAUCAGAGAAGCUUUAGAAGAGGGAAAACCGAUUCCAACUGAGCUCAGGAACGAAGAAGCUGCUCUCCGAAAAGAAAUUGACCUUGAAGAUGAAAUUACUGCUGUACCUCGAUCAACUAUUGAUGAUGAAUAUGCUAAUGCACCUGAAAAAGAUCCCAAAAUUUUGCUUACCACUUCAAGAAAUCCUAGUGCUCCUCUUACUCAGUUUGUCAAGGAGUUGAAAAUUGUGUUCCCUAAUGCUCAGCGGAUGAAUCGUGGUGGUCAGGUGAUAUCAGAAAUAAUUGAAACCUGCCGAUCUCAUGAUUUUACAGAUGUAAUUUUGGUCCAUGAGAAUCGUGGUGUGCCUGAUGGUAUUGUCAUUAGUCAUCUGCCUUUUGGUCCAACUGCUUACUUUGGAUUGCUCAAUGUGGUGACUAGACAUGAUAUUAAGGACAAGAAAUCUAUGGGAACGAUGUCUGAGGCGUAUCCACAUUUGAUUUUUGACAAAUUUUCAACUAAGCUUGGUGAGAGGACAGUAAACAUCCUAAAGCAUUUGUUUCCUGUGCCCAAGCCUGAUACAAAACGUAUCCUCACAUUUGCUAACCAGUCGGACUACAUCUCAUUCAGACAUCACGUCUAUGAAAAGCAUGGAGGUCCAAAAUCAAUUGAGCUGAAAGAGGUUGGCCCUCGAUUUGAACUACGCCUUUACCAGAUCAAAUUAGGAACGAUGGAUCAAGACGAAGCUCAAAUCGAAUGGGUUAUAAAGCCUUACAUGAACACAUCUAAAAAAAGAACCCUUCUAGGGGACUGAUCAACAUGCUACAGAAUAUGAACUUUGAAGCCUCUGACUCUGCCCAUUUGCACCAACAGAAGUCGAUCGUUGCUGGUAAGUCAUCUAUUCGAUCGUUCAAAUGCAGACGUUUGUUCCAGAGAGAUACUGUAAAAUCUCUCUGUAGGAAAAGGAAGAGAUUCGACAGCUAUUGGUUUCACGACAUAUGACACAACCAAGCCUUGACUUCUCAUAAAUGAUUCGACAAAUUUUUUUUAGUGUUGGCUCUAACUCAAUUUUAUGUGCAAAAGAAUGCUCCCUCCGUCUAGUUUGACUCGGCACGGAGUUUAAGAAAGAAAGGGAACUUUUAAAACUUGUGGUUCAAAAUGAAUGAUAGAAAUUUGUGUGUCUGUAAAUCAUUUCAUUAAGGAUAAAAUAGACAUUUUAUAGCUAAAUUUUAACUUAAUAUAGAAAUGUGUCAUUUUGUUUGGAA